AUGGGAGCGCUCCUGGUGGCCGGUGGUGGCUGUAGCCUUCUCCUCCCCGAGACUCUCCACCAGCAGCUCCCUCAGACCCUCGAGGACGGAGACUUGCUCCACGUAAGCCUGAAAGAGACUCCAGCAUCCACUCCGAUCGCCACCGACAUCACUUCUUCGACAGACGUCAAUUCGGACACGAUCUUCUCGGUCCAAGAACAGACUCUUCGGGUGACGGUCGUCUGACACGAGGCUUGUCCUCGACUUCUUCGGUUGGUGGUCUACAUAGAGAGUACCACCGCCAAACUGUCUUCCUGUCUCUACAAACGUUUGAUAAUAUUUGUAUUAAAAUCUUAAGAAGUAAUCGACAAAUUUUAACAAAAUAUUUCCUCCUUUUUUUUUUUUUAAAUAAUCAAAUUUAUAUACAACUUUUAUGUCCAUAAUUUUGACAUAAUCUGAAAGGAAUUUUAAUCUAUUUAUAUUGAAUCGUUAUUAAGUUAGUAUGAUAAUUUUGUAAUUAUUAAAAUAUUCAGAUUAAUUGAUAACAUUUUACAAUUUUCGUCUCUUCAUUUAAAAAUAAAUAAAAAUUCGUAAUAUGGAACUAAAAACACGGUAUUACAAUUUAUAAAAAUAAAAAAAAUGAUGACGUUUAAAAAUCAAGAGGAUUACCAACAUUAGGAACCUUCAUGUAUACUCUGUUUAAAGUUACAUGAACGAUGGUUAGUUUGCUAUGUGACAUAACCGAGAGAAAGUCCUGUAAGUCCUAAGCAGCGAUAAAAAGCAUGUUUAGUUUUUUUUCGGGAUUUUAACUCUUUAAAGUACUAUUAGUAUUUUUGGUACACAUUGAGGAGUUGAAAGAAACUAUAAUUAAUACGAAAAUAUUUCAUUCAAAAUUGAUAAUUCUCUGAUAUAAAAUCGGAUUCCGUUUUACUAGGUCAUGGAACUUCAACAAUUUCUGAGGAACUUAAUUGAGAAACAUUUUUAAAAUAUAAGCCUUAAGUAUUUUUUCUUUAUAAAUAUCUGUG